GAACCAUCCCGCCGGUCGUGACACACAGGUGACGUGUGUGUUGGUGUCAGAAGCGCCUUGACGUCGAGACCGAACGCGUCGCUUCUGUGCUCACUCCUCGCCGAAGCUCCAUCACAGAAACAUGCCUUCCUCGCCAAGUUCGACCAUCGUGGGGUCUGGCGGCCGCUCCCCAGCCCGCACGGUGUCCCCGCGCAGUGGAGGGUCGGGCUCCAUGGCCAGGCAGUCGGGCGGAACCACGGCCAGACAGCGCAAGACGACCACCUCCACCUCCGGCCGCAGCUCAGCCUCAACGGGAGGCAUGUGGAGGUUCUACACCGACGACUCCCCAGGAAUCAAAGUUGGCCCCCUGCCUGUGCUUGUUGGUUCUCUGGUCUUCAUCGCCACUGUCUUCAUGCUCCACAUCUGGGGCAAGUACACGCGCUCUUAAAAAACCCCACGGAUACGGACGGACCUUUUCCCCGAUUCCUUGCGAGUGACGUUGUGAAGCUGUCGGCAAGUGGUGUGAAUGGCUGAAUGAGAUUUUUUUUUUGUUGUAAAAAUUGCUCCAUCGACCAGGAGCUUCUGACUCGACUGAAUUCUCUUGUGGAUGAGGAAGUUUGAUAAAUUAUUACAGGAGGACAGGCGCGUGUCGACGUUUGCCUCACUGAGAGGGUCACCUGGAAGUUAUCGAAUGAUCGGAUGUGUUGAUCAUUCCAGAGUUUAAGUGGUUCGUUUAUAUAAGAUUUAUAUAGGCUUAAGGAUUAUGUGGAAUUUUUCUAUAAUAAAUGUUAUAUGAAA